GGUCAUACUCCCCAUGUGGCAUAUGGCGCAGCAUUGCCCGAUAUUUCUCUGUGUGUUUACAAGCCUCAGAGCCCUCAUUAUUUAACGCUAUCAGAGCGACUACACCAGAGCAUUUAUUUACGGGGCAUUGACACGGCCACCUCGAGUAUCACAAAGCGCAUUCGCGCUGCCAAACAUCCUCGACAUGCCCUUCCGCACCCGCCGGCGUUGACCUCUCCUCGUUACGGAGUAUCCCAAAUUUGAGGACUCUUCCAGAUCCCCAGCAGAUCAACAACAUGGCUGCUGAAGGAGGCUUCCCCUGGCAGGCGCCGUCAAGAGAUCCUGAAAAGGCGGCAAUGAUAAUGCCAGACCGCAACAAAGUCCCUCCACCGCCAUCAAUUGAGCAAGAAAGAGAACCAACAUCCCCGACUAAGACCGUGGCAUUGCAUCAGCAAUCCCAGCCUCGGAAGAAUAUCAACUUACAAGGGAAGCAUCGACAUGUUGUUGUCAAAGGGCCUCCGCGAGUGGGCUUAACAAGUGCACUCCACGCUCCAUCAGAUUCUGUCCGAGCCAAACCAACGUCUCCCCUUCCCGUCCGAACCAUUCCUCCUUGGGUGAAAGACGCGGAUGAAGAUGAUUUGAGCGACCCUCAGUUCCAGAGCCCAGACACUCCACACGCAGCGUUGGUUGCGCAGCAUCACCACAGCGUGUCCACAGCCAGGCGGCCUCUUAUAUCUAGCAGGCAGUCUCACGAGGAGGACUACUCUACACCAUCUGGCAAGGCGAGAGCGCCGCGAACUUCAAGAUGGAUGUCGUUUGCCCAGCCCAGUGCCUACCCCCGAGAGAACUUCAACAGUGAAAAGGUGGACCCGGACUGGCUGAACCAGAACUUUACCGACUAUUCAAAAACAUGGCUGGCGGACCACGACGACGACGACGUCGAGGAUGGCAGUAGCCGUUAUCGUGCCUUUCGCAGGAAGAGACAAGUGUGGUAUAAACGCGCCCAGUUCUACAUCCUGCGAAAUCCAUUUAUUCCUCUUGCCUUCCGGCUGACAGUGCUAUCUUUUGCCAUCGUCGCUCUGGGCCUGGGGGCUUCAAUCUACCAUGAAACCGGCAAGAUCACGAAGUGCAUCAAACAAGCACCAGACCGGCGCACUGCCGAGUGUGCGCAACGCGUGGGGCCGACAGCCACCGACUAUUAUCGAGACCCUUCGGGCUUGAUGGCGGUGAUAGUGGACGCAAUCGCCAUUGUCUACACCAUCUAUAUCACCUACGACGAAUACUUUUCGAAACCUCUGGGACUACGACCCGCAAGAGCAAAAGUCCGACUGAUGCUGUUGGAUUUGUUCUUCAUUGUGUUCCAGUCCGCAAACUUGAGUCUAAGUUUCGAAUCCUUGACAGUGGAUGAAGGUGCCUGCAAGACUGGCGAUUCUCUAAGGACGGCAGGCAGAUUCGAGAGUAUCUGCGACAGAGCAGAGGCCCUGAGCGGUGUGUUGUUGGUGUCACUUACUGCAUGGUUAAUGACAUUUUCUGUUAGCGUCUUGAGGCUGGUAGAACGAAUCGACACGAAGUGAAACGAGUUUACGACCCGGACUUCUACGAACAAAAUUUAAACCUGUUUUGUGCCGAGUCUUCCCAUGGCAUGAUUUAUGCCAGCGGAGGACUGCCCAGCAUCAUUAAAGGCUCGACAUAUACUUUUAGUCUUUCUCGACAAUACAGCUUUGGCAACAUCCUCAUACUUUCAGACUUGGGCCUUCGUCGCCGUAGACCGGGUCGCGCUUGAACCAUCCCAAGCUUCCGAUCUGCUUGACCUGCUCCUCCUCCCCAGGCUUCCCGUAACACAUAUCCCAUGUCCUGCCCUUCUCAUAAGAGCCAACCAUUUGGAAGCCGCCAUAAUCCUCGAGUAACCGAUGACCGACGCCAGCAGGGACGACUACGACAUCACCUUGCUCAAGAACGGGUUCCACUCGGCCUUCAUUCUUCUCACCUCCAAAGCAGCACUUUGCUGACCCCGAAGCAAUGCUGAGAACUUCAUGAGUGGUUGAGUGAAAGUGCGUUUCGCUGAACAUGGUGUAUCUCCAUUGUGGAGAGACGACCCCGACGGAUUUGAGGUGAGAUUCGAUAGUUGAAGGAUUGGGGUCUGCAAAGACACCGUGGUAUAUCAUGAGGGGCUUGCCUUGUAUGGAGGUGUUUGGGAUACCUUCGUAAGCGGGGAUUUGAUGUUUCGAGACCCGCAAGGCAUUCAACGGAGUGAUAGACAUAUUGUCGCCUCCGGAAGAACACUGCUAAAAGGGUGUUGCUGUUGGUCAGUGGCGGCGAGUUGAAAUGGUUGUCAAGCGGGCAGUGCUGUACCUCGUGCACAUGAGAGAUAAUAAUAUCAGAACUAGAACAAAGGAUAGCUUUGCACGCGAGGACAGUGAAUAACAAGACACGGUGCUUGGUGA